CAGGGAAGAGAAUUCGGCGCCUCGCACGGCAUAAAUACUACAAUAAUGACGUCACCGGGCGUGACCCGGAACCGGAAGUCGCGCUGGUUGCCGCGGAGACAGAAGACCGGAAGCGGCGGUCAUGGAAAGCGAAUAUUCUGAUCCUGACUUGGCCGGACUGGGUGAGACUGAGAAUGGAGAGAAUGCACCAGUGUACUGUGUGUGUCGGAAACCGGACAUCAACUGCUUUAUGAUAGGAUGCGAUCACUGCAACGAAUGGUUCCAUGGACACUGCAUCAAUAUCACGGAGAAGAUGGCGAAGGCCAUUCGGGAGUGGUACUGUAUGCAGUGCCGAGAGAAAUAUCCUCAUCUGGAGAUCAAAUACCGACACAAGAAAUCCAAGGACCGGGAGAGAGAAAUGGACAGAGAAGAGAAUGAAGAUUCACAAAGGAGCGACAAGAGGAGGAACAGCACCAGCAGCGCAGGAAAGAUCAAGCGAUCGGCCCGUAUGUGCGGCGAGUGCGAGUCCUGCAGCCGCACGGAGGACUGCGGGCAGUGCGACUUCUGCAGAGACAUGAAGAAGUUCGGAGGUCCCAACAAGAUCCGUCAAAAAUGUCGUCUCCGACAGUGUCAAGUGAGAGCACGGAAAAUGCUGCGAGUGAAAGAUGACGAAUACUCGUACAGAGACACCCCAGAGCCGUCCAGUCUGGCGGGUUCACUGUCUGACGACGACCUUCCUCUGGACCCAGACUUGUAUCAGGCGCUCUGUGUCGGAGGAGCCUUCGAUGACCAGAACCUGCCUUGGCUCAGUGACACGGAUGACACGCCAUUUCUGGACUCUGUUCUGAGAAAGAGAGCUGUCAAAGUCAAGCAUGUCAAGAGGCGGGAGAAGAAAUCUGACAAGAAGAAAGACGAUAAAUACAAGCGACACAAGCAAAAGCAGAGACAUAAGGACAAAGCCAAGCACUCGGAACGCAUGGAAAGCCGGGACUACUCCUCCCUGCGCCAGUGCUUGGGGCCGAGCUGUGUGCAGCCAGCCAGGGCCGGUUCUAAGUACUGCUCCGAUGACUGUGGCAUGAAACUGGCGGCCAAUCGCAUCUAUGAGAUCCUCCCUCAGCGCAUCCAGCAGUGGCAGCAGAGUCCGUGCGUCGCCGAGGAGCAAGGCAAGAAGCUUCUGGAACGCAUCCGUCGGGAACAGCAGCAGGCGCGCACCAAACUGCAGGAGAUGGAGCGGCGCUUUCACGAGCUGGAAGGCUUAAUCACCAAAGCCAAACAGCAGCAGAUCCGAGAGGAUGAGGAGACAAACGAUGGGGACAGUGAUGACACCGACCUGCAGAUCUUCUGUGUAUCUUGUGGACAUCCCAUUAACCCCAAAGUGGCUUUAAGGCACAUGGAGCGCUGUUAUGCCAAGUAUGAAAGUCAGACGUCAUUCGGAUCCAUGUACCCAACAAGAAUUGAAGGAGCAACCCGUCUCUUCUGUGACGUGUACAACCCGCAAAGCAAAACCUACUGCAAACGUCUGCAGGUGCUGUGUCCUGAGCAUUCCCGAGACCCCAAGGUGCCGGCAGAUGAGGUGUGCGGAUGCCCCAUCGUGAAGGACGUGUUUGAUUUGACCGGUGAUUUCUGCAGGGUUCCCAAGAGGAAGUGUAACCGCCAUUACUGCUGGGAGAAACUCCGCCGCGCUGAGGUGGACCUGGAGCGCGUUCGUGUGUGGUACAAGCUGGACGAACUGUUUGAGCAGGAACGUAAUGUCCGCAUGGCGAUGACUAAUCGUGCUGGCCUCCUGGCUCUCAUGUUACAUCAAACCAUCCAGCACGACCCCGUCACCACGGACCUGAGGACACACACGGAGCGCUGAUAGAAGGGGGGGGGGGGGGGGGAGGGCAGGGGCUUUUCUACGUAGAAAGGUGUUUUUUUUUGUUUUUGUUUUUUUUAUUUGUCUAAACUUUUAUAUAGAUCGUGUUGGAACCCAAAUUUAAAGAGACUGUAAAUGGUGUUCGGGUGACCUCUUGUACUGUGUGUUAUCCCAGGUGUCGUCUUCUCACAUUGUAUAAAUUACGAGGCAAUAGAUCAAA